CUUAACCUGUUUGUUGAUCGCUCUAUGAGGCUUAUUAACGCCCCGACUUUAUUACAAGCCGGUCCCAUUUCUCAGGGGGCUUUAAGUUGCCGUCGCCAGGAGGAGGUCGCUGGCUCUCUGGCAGCAGACAUAGCAACACAACGAGUAUGUCCUCAGCUCUUAUCUGGCGACGGAGUUAAAGUGAGAAGAGGCUUUUCAGAUGUAGCUUGUUAGCUAGCUGCGUCGCGUCCAGUGUACACACAGUCUUUUUGUUCUGCUCUUCAACAGCCUCUGCAUGACAAGUCAUCACAAGUGCUGAGGACAGACAGGGCGCAAACACAGCGACUGGCUUGUUGGAAAACGUGUCAAGAAUAAUCCCUGGUUGUCAGUCACCAGCCCCGGGGCUAAUCCCCGGUCGCCGACCGACUUAAUGGCCGGAAAUCCGAGGAGGGGCGCCGGUCUCAUCGGCUUGAUGAAGGACGCCUUUCAGCCCCACCAACAGCCUCUCCAGCCUCACCAACCUGCCGUGGUCGAUAAGAAAAUGGUGGAGAAAUGCUGGAAACUCAUGGAUAAGGUGGUGCGUUUGUGCCAGAACCCCAAGGUGGCGUUGAAGAACAGCCCACCCUACAUCCUGGACCUGCUGCCGGACACCUACCAGCACCUACGCACCAUUUUGUCCCGAUAUGAGGGCAAAAUGGAGAUCCUCGGGGAGAAUGAGUAUUUUCGCGUGGUCAUGGAGAACUUGACCAACAAGACGAAGCAGACCAUGAGCCUUUUUAAAGAGGCCAAGGAGAGGAUGUACGAGGAGAACUCCCAGCCCAGGCGGAACCUCACCAAGCUGUCUCUGAUCUUCAGUCACAUGCUGGCCGAGCUGAAAGCCAUCUUCCCCAACGGCUUAUUUCAGGGCGACAACUUCAGGAUCACCAAAGCUGAUGCUGCCGAAUUUUGGAGGAGGUCAUUUGGGGACAAGACCAUCGUGCCCUGGAGGACAUUUCGUCAAGCUCUCCACGAGUUUCACCCCAUCAGCUCGGGCCUGGAGGCCAUGGCUCUCAAGUCCACCAUCGACCUCACCUGCAACGACUACAUCUCUGUCUUUGAGUUUGACAUCUUCACCAGGCUCUUCCAGCCAUGGUCGUCCCUUUUAAGGAACUGGAACAGUCUGGCAGUCACACACCCUGGGUACAUGGCCUUCCUAACGUACGACGAGGUCAAGGCGCGGCUGCACAGGUUCAUCCACAAACCUGGCAGCUACAUCUUCAGACUGAGCUGCACUCGGCUGGGCCAGUGGGCAAUUGGCUAUGUGACAGCUGAUGGGAACAUCCUGCAGACCAUCCCCCAUAACAAGCCACUCUUCCAAGCCCUCAUUGACGGAUACAGAGAGGGAUUCUAUUUGUUCCCAGAUGGUCGUGCACAGAACCCAGACCUCACAGGACUGUGUGAACCCUCUCCACAGGACCACAUCAAAGUUACUCAGGAGCAGUAUGAGCUGUACUGUGAGAUGGGCUCCACUUUCCAGCUUUGUAAGAUCUGUGCAGAGAACGACAAGGAUGUGAAGAUCGAGCCCUGCAGACACCUGAUGUGCACAUCCUGUCUGACUGCCUGGCAGGAGUCGGAGGGUCAAGGCUGCCCAUUUUGCCGCUGUGAAAUUAAAGGCACGGAGCCCAUCGUAGUGGACCCCUUCCACCCGAAGGCCAGCGGGACCUCCUUUGCUGGUUUCCAGGGGUCCAGCAGAGCAGAAGCUGCGGGGAAUGACGAGGAGGAGGAUGAUCGCCUGGAGGACCACCUUGUCAUGAGCAGGCUGGCCUGCUCCAAGGUGGAGCGCCCACCAUCUCCAGUGUCUCAGCUGCCUCCAGUGCCCCCCCGACUGGACCUCCUGCAGCAGAGACCCUCCAGCUCCCACAGCGCUCAGGUUCAGGGAGCUACAGCCAAGAUGGCAGCCACUCACCGAGAUAAGCCUCUACCUCUGCCUCCAGCCCUGAGAGAGCUGCCCCCUCCUCCCCCUCCGGAGCGCCCCUCCCUGGUCGGCCAGGACUCUAGACUCCAGAGGAGACCCCUGCCCUCCACCCCCGACCAGCCCGCCUGGGCUUCCAACUACAUGGUCCCACGUCCGGCAACCAAGGCCCUGUCAGGCUUGUCCUCCACCCCUCAGAGCAACGGAACCAGCGCAGAGGGAAGCAAACCUCAGGCAGCUACAAAUGCUGUGUACUGCCUGGCUGCAAGAUCUCUGCCAGCGUCAGCAGUAUCGAGUGCAGAGAAGCCGUCGUCCGACUGCGAGGAGAAUGAGUACAUGAGCCCCACCUCUCUUCCAGCCUCUGGUGCCCCCUGGGUCAUAACGGGCUCCUUGGUGCCACCGCCACCAGCCCAGGCAAACCACCACAAUGACAUCAGCGAGGCGGCUGACAGCGACUCUGAGGACCCCCAAGUCUACGAGUCCAUGUGUAACAUCCAGGCCCAGGCUGGUUCCUCUGAGACGGCACAGGCCUCCGACCUGGACCUCCCUCAACAUCCAGCUGCGAUUCCCCAGGAGAAGAAGGAGGAGACCACUGAGGAGGAUGUUUACGAGUACGACUGUCCCAGGCCGGUUGUCCCUCCCGCCCCCACCAGGAGAACCCUGUCAGAUAUGGGCGGUGCUUCAGCGGCCUUCAACGCUCUCAGUAUUGACGGUGCCGUAGAUGCCAGUAUGUUUGCAGCUGGUGUCGACCCUGAACGCCCCCCCAAACCUCUCCCACGUCGAGCCAACUCUGACCGACGGCCUCGGCCUUUAAACCGUGAAUUUUCUGCUCCGCUGCCAGAGCUCCCUGGCCCCUCCUCUGCCUCUUCCUCCCCUCCUCCUCCUCCUCCUCCUCCUCUUCCCCCUGCUCCUCCUGUAGGCCCUGGAAGCCUGGCCCUAAACGGGGAGAUUGAAUGCCUGAUGUCCCAAGGCUACUCCAUCCAGGACAUCCAGAAAGCCCUGAUGAUCGCCCAGAACAACCUGGAGACGGCCAAGAACAUCCUGCGCGAGUUUGUCUCCAUUCCCUCCACGGCACACAUCGCCACAUAGUCACUCCGGGCGCACCCAUCCUGUCUGUUUCGUCUCUGUCUCCACUCUGUGCCAUUAUCAUGGAUAAGCAUUUACCAAGCACUUUCCUGCAGGGCCACAAGUACAUGCCAAAAGGCUUUACUCUGAGGAGUAGUGCUGCGUUCACGUCAUAUCAGGAGAUGAAAUCAUCUGCAGGGUCUAGUUUGAAACACUCGUGUCCAAAGUCAUUUCUAAUAAUGAUGCAACUGCGGCAGGUUUUGUGUGGAGUUAGUGUGGAUAUAUAUGAUUAUCUUGGAGUACUGUUACGUCAAUGCCAAGUGUUUGACAUUGAAACCUCAAAAUUUCUAUUCUUUUUUUCGUAAUCGCCACUUGAAGGUUGUUUUUUUUUUUUGCUCCUGUUAAAACUUUGAGUGGAGUUUGGUUUGAGGAGCAGCUCAGGAGAGGCCGAUAUGACCUGAACGCAGCAUACACGGAGAAUGGAAGCCUUUAAUGUGAGCUCUCUGUAGCCACGCUUUGACCCUGUCGUACUCUGCUGAGGUCCACUCGUGCUGUGGCAGCGUUUCCCCUCAGUCUGAGUACUUCCUCUCAUUAAGCUAUGUGUUGAAGCUGCAGUGAUCGGCAGAGGGACCCUGCAGAUCGUCGAAUUUGACUCAGUGUCCCACCGCUGGCAGCCGUUCAGUUUGGUGCUUUUUACGGGCUUCUUGGCAAAUUUGUGGUGUACGAAUAUGUAGCGACGCGAGUCUGGUCGGAAAAUUAGUGAUUUAACUCAGUGGUGUGUGUGUGUGUGUGUGUGUGUGUGCUCAUGCUGAUGAAUGUGAAUGUUAAGUCGCAGUGCAGUAUCGCAGGGCUUCAAGUCGUACGUGUCACUGUGGCUCGCUCCGUUUUCGAUGGUAUUUGACAAGUUGAACAUGACUCCAUGUUUUCCUCUCAGCUCCCGGUUCAAUGAUGGUUCUGUAACGAAAUAACACGUUUUAAUGUUUAAGUACUCUCAUAACUUGUCGUGCUGUGUGUAGUACUAACAAUGGCUAAGUUUUAUUUUGUCAAUUCAGGAUCGCCUCGCGGGCAGUCCGACCCUGAAGGCUGGUUUAUUUACUCAAAAGCUUCUCUUAUAGUUUCUUACUAAUAAGCAAAAGGACUUUAACAUGUGCUGUUAGAUUUCCCCUCACAUGUUCAUGUGAUUUAGCUCAGCGUCACAUUUGUACCCAGAGCAGCUGAGAGAUCAGAUCGAAGGGAUUUACAUUGAGCUCUAAAGCAAAAAAGCAGGUGCUGUGUUGUCAUGUGGACUCAGGUACUCAGUGAAAAGCCAGGGUUGAAUGUAAUGAAUGAACAGAUGCUGAAGGACACGUGAUAUCAUGUUGGCAGUGUGACAGUGACGAGCGCCAACUCAUGACACGUCACAGAAACAUUCCAGUGAUUGGAUUUUCUUCAUUAUUUUUACUUUACCUGCAUAGAUUUACCACUUUAUUCAAUAUUUUAAAAUCAGCUUUGCAAUGUUUCCCCAUUCUCUUCCUCCAAUUUCAGACUCUGGAGAUGUUCUCAUGUGGUUACAAUAAUCCGCCUUUCGUACUCGGACAUUUCAGUCACUCAGCAGUUUGUAGAAUUUGUCGCAGGAUGAAAGUUGAAAACAUCAAAUCACCGCAACCUGUUUAACAAUUUAUAUUUGAGCUAAAAUGAUUAAUAGAUUAGUUUCUGGGUCCUCAACAGGGUCCACGAACCCCAGGAGGUCUCCAGGGGGGCUGCCAGAUUACUGCUUAAGGUUUCGUACACAUGCCGUGCUUUUUGCAGCCUCAAAUUCAUUGUUUUCAACCAAGACGCGUGGCAGGCACGCUCAAACGCCAUUUUUUAGGGCACGAGGCACUGAUUUGCUGGAGCUGAAAGGCCAGUCAGAGUGAUGCCUCUCACAGACUUGCUCCAUCGCUGAUUCAACACAUUGAAUCAGCUGAAAAAAAUGGAUAAGGGGCGGUGGAGGGCAUACCGCAAAAUCUGGGGCUACAGCCUGAAAUUGACUGACGGCCUUAAUCUGAAGACAUCACUUUAGGCUCAGUGGCCAUUUUUCACAAUUUUCUGACAUUUAUAGGCUACAAAAUAAAUAGAGAAAAAUAUCAGCUGGUAAUUGAGGAUGGUAAACAUUGUAAAACAUCAGUGUCACGGAAGUGAGUGACUGAAAUGUCCGAGUUCGAGGUGUACUGUGAUAAACAGAAGGCCUGGCCAGGGGUCUCAUUUAUAAAACAAUGAAUAGGAUCCAUACUUUAAAUGUGAGUACGGACAGAAGCCAAAAACGGCAUGUGCCAAAAAUAUCUGACAAUUUCUACAAUCAGGCUUCCACCUCACCAUCUGUCGCUAAUGUCCUUGCUCCAAAAUGUUCGUAAGCGUGGGUCAAAGUUUCUCCCAUCAAGUCUGUUUUUAUAGAACACAACUUUUGCGUGGGAAGUAGCAUGCACCUCUUUCAGGCCUUGUUUUGUGUGAAUGCAAUGUUUAUAAAUGAGACCUGGGAUCAGGGCUCGGCCUGUCAAGUUUCAAGUGCUCAGUUUUCAAUCCGUUGCACUGCAUUCACAACAAAAUACCCAAAUGAACAUAAGCUUGAAACAGACUGAAGUGAACAGUCUCAAGUCAUGGAUUUCACUCAGGUUUUUAGAUUCUUUUCCAGUGGACCAAUAAUGAGCAGCUGUCACUCCCAGUCACUGCCAGAAACAACACAGGACUGAACGUCUCAUUUCCACUUCCACGUAUGAAAUAAGUGUCCGGUUUAAGUAAGUGUAAAAAGAGGAGUGUAAUUUCCUCUUUUUCUCCAAAACAGAUCCUCAGUCAUCACUUAUGAUUUCUGCAGUAACAUGUAAAUGUGCCUUCUGUCAAUCACGACCUGCACACGCCAACAGACUAACCAAAACUAAAACCUUUCAGCCACAUCCACACAGUUUCUGUGUUUGUCUCAGAUCUUCACUUUGAGUGGUUCUGCUCCAUUUCAGUGCGCUGUGCACCACCUAACAGGAAGCGACGAGAGGCGGGAAAACUGUCAGUAUGAAGUGAAAUCUGUCAGCCAGCGGCAGCGACCACGAAACUGUCAGGUGACAAACGAACAACAAUGUCUGCCUACAGGGCAAAAGCAACGGUAGCAUUUCUAGUUGUUCACAAUACAAAUUCAUAAAAGCCUGAAUGACAUCAUCAGUUCUCUGUCCUAUCAGUCUCCCUUGACUUGUUUGUGUUUGUAUAAACCAUGUGGUCGUGGUGGAUUAAGCGCUGGAUUUGGCUGAUCUGCCGGCGACUGUACCCAUCGGAUGGUGUGCAGACUCAACCUACUCGCUGCACCACAGGCGUAUGUUGGCUUCAUAAUGUUGCGGACCCAGUAUCAAGAGUUUGGAGCCAGGUCAUUUGAUUCGCAGGCGGCGUCACGAAACGUCAAACCGAUAAUUUGAGUCCAGUCAGCACUUGAUUUCUUUAAAGCCGAAAACGAUACGAGACUGUCGAAUAAACACCGUUGAUACAGACUUAGCUGAACACUUCACAGUUGCAAAACAAACUGUCAGUGUCCCCUGGUGGACAAACGAUGUAAUGGCGACAGUUUCAAGCAGAUGGUUGUCGCAGCUGUCUACAACAUUCAUCACAGGAAACUAAUGCAGACCUUAUCUUGCAUGUAUGACUCCUGCAAUUAUGACGUACUGUUACUAAUUCUAAUACAUGUCAUAAUAACGAACCUUUAAUACCCAGAUUUUGUCGUUGCUCACCCCGAGUUGAUCAUAUUUAUUAGGCUGCAGUUUUUAAUUUCGUAAAUGUUUCCUCUAAAAAUAGGUUCAAAAUGUGUGGACAUGUCAGUAACACAUUCAGGGCCGGCUCCAUGCGCUUGAAAAUGUAAAAGCAGACGUAUUUUUUAAGUGAUUAGUAAGAAAACAGUCCUCACACUGCUGCUGCUGACAAGACUGAGGUCGGUGAAUCUGAGGUUUCUUUCUCGCAGCUUUAAUUGCCCCUGAAACCCAAAGCAUCUGAAAGCGGCACGCUGCCCCUCAGCUCGCGUUGAUUCACAGAGAAUGUGUCGUCAGUCCUUCGGCUUUGUGUUCGCAUGCUCUAACAGGGACUAACUCCUGACCGUGAAAGUGCUGCCGUGUGAGGACACUCGGGGCUGACAGUCAUGUUGAAUCACUGCCAGAGGCUCCGCUGUCUCUCUCUCUCUCUCUCUCUCUCUCACACACACACACACACACACACACACACACACACACACACACACACACACACACACACACUCACACUCUUUCCCUCACUGGUAAACUCAGCUGGUGUGUUGGCUGGUCAGAUCCACUGGUUAAUGAUACAUGUGUAGUGUAACCAUGGUAACUAGCCUUUUCAAUGAGAACUUGCCUACUAAAAAAGUUGUCUUCAUUGCUUUGUUGUUGCCUGUGUAAAUAUGAUUUUAUUUAUUGUCUUUUUAAUAUCCUCAGCAUUCGUUGUGUUGCCAUGUUUUUCAUGCCUAAGCCAUUAAGAUUUUUAAUUAAACAGUAUUUUCUUUAACAUCUGAUCUGUGUGGUUUGUCUGCAGUCACCACAGACUGGCAAACACCACUGUUUCCAUAAAAUACAUUUCUGAGCAAUAAACUGCAAUUUUAAGUCUCAA